GAUCUUUAAAGAGGAGAGAGGACUGUACCAGGACAAGGUGUUCUGCUUCAUCCAUCUGAGUGUUCAGGAGUUUCUGGCUGCUCUUCAUGUCCAUCUGACCUUCAUCAACUCUGGACUCAAUCUAAUGGUAGAAGAACAAACGACCUCCAAGAAGUCUGAAACAAGAGAAUCUGCAGAGAAACACUUUUAUCAGAGUGCUGUGAACAAGGCCUUACAGAGUCCAAAUGGACACCUGGACUUGUUUCUCCGCUUCCUCCUGGGUCUUUCACUGCAGACUAGUCAGUGUCUCUUACGAGGUCUCCUGACACAGACAGGAAGUAGCUCACAGACCAAAAAGGAAACAGUAAAGUACAUUAAGGAGAAACUCCAUGAGAGUCUGUAUGCAGAGAAAACCAUCAAUCUUUUCCACUGUCUGAAUGAACUGAAUGAUCGUUCUUUAGUGGAGGAGAUCCAACAGUACACAAGUUCAGGACGUCUCUCCUACGAUAGAAUUUCUCCUGCUCAGUGGUCAGCUCUGGUCUUCAUCUUACUGUCAUCAGAAAAAGAUCUGGAUGUGUUUGACCUGAAGAAAUACUCUGCUUCAGAGGAGGCUCUUCUAAGGCUGCUGCCAGUGGUCAAAGCCUCCAACAAAGCUCUUCUGAGUGUCUCUAAACUCUCAGAGAGAGGCUGUGAAGCUCUGUCCUCAGUUCUCAGCUCCCAGUCCUCUACUCUGAGAGAGCUGGACCUGAGUAUAAACACCCUGCAUGAUUCAGGAGUGAAGCUUCUGUGUGCUACAGUGGAGAGUCCACAGUGUACCCUGGAAACGCUCAGACUGAGUCUUUGUAAUUUGUCAGAGAGAAGCUACGAAGCUUUGUCCUCAGUUCUCAGCUCCCAGUCCUCUAGUCUCAGAGAGCUGGAUCUGAGUAACAGUGACCUGCAAGAUUCGGUAGUGAAGCUGCUUUCUGCAGGACUGAGAAGUCCAGACUGUAAACUUAGACUGAGUCACUGUCAGAUCUCACCGAGAAGCUAUGAAGCUCUGUUCUCAGUCCUCAGCUCCAAGUCCUCUAGUCUGAGAGAGCUGAACCUGAGUAACUCUGACCUGCAGGAUUCAGGAGUGACGCUUCUGUCCUUUGGAGUGAAGAGUCCACAUUGUAAAAUGGAUACUCUUAGUCUGUCAGGCUGUCUGAUCACAGAGGAAGGCUGUACUUCUCUGGCCUCAGCUCUGAGCUCCAACCCUCCCAUCUCAGAGAGCUGGACCUGA